CUACCGAAUAAAAAGACUUCCUCUAUCCUUUAAUUUUCACAAUUCAGAUCUACCGAUGAAGCGGCAAUUCGACGCCGGAGAAACUGAUUGGGCCGGCGCCGAUGAUGUGAAGAAGAUGAAGAAGGAGGUGUUAGAGUUGGAGGAAGAGAGGAAGUUACCGAUGAAGAGGCAAUUUGAAGCUAACUUUGCAACCACCGUCUCCGGCGACUUGAAAAAGAUGAAGCAGGUUAUAGAGUCGCCGGAGGUGGAUACGGAGGCGGUGUUGUUGAAUGAGAAUCUACUGUACGAAAUACUGAAACACGUCGACGGGCGCACGUUAGCUACGGCGGCGUGCGUUAGCAAACAGUGGAACCAGUCGGCGUUAGAUGAGCGGCUAUGGGAGCUGAUCUGCACAAAACACAACCCUAACCAACAGCAACAGCUCCGAGCCGUCGUCCUCGCUCUCGGCGGCUUCCGGCGUCUCUACUCACUCUACCUCUGGCCACUCUCCAAGCCAUCGCCGUCUUCAUCGGCGUCUUCUUCGACUCCUCCGGCUUCCGCCUGGCCUUGCCUUCCUCCGGCGCCUACUCGGCCGUUGAAAUACGCCGCUGCAAACACCCGAUGGGGAAAAGACGAAGUCAAUCUCUCGCUAUCGCUGCUAUCAAUUCGGUAUUACGAGAAGAUGAAUUUCAAAGCUAAUAAAUCAACUUAAUUGAUAUAUUAUAUAUUCAAUUUCGUAAUUUUAACAUUAUAUUAUCCUAGUUUUUCAGCUUAAGUUUUGGGUUUUUACUGUAUUGAAUCAUUUAUGCUUUUGAUCUAUAUAUCUGUUAUGUAACAUAUGUAAGCUUUUAAUUUUUUCCAAUUAAUGUAAAUUGAGGACUGAUUAAUUCAAGUUGUGAUUCUUAUU